UGCACCUAUUAGUUUGAUGCAGGAAUGAGUCUGUAUGUGUGUGAAGAAAGCCAGCUGGUUGUAAUGCUGCAAAAUAGUCUUGCUAACAGAGAACUCGUUUAAUUUAACAAAUACAGAGGCCUUUGUAUUAUUGUAUGUAAUACACAGAACAUGCACUGAGGUCAGUCUGCUAAGGUCUGCUGACCAAGAAAGAAAAAAUUCAAAGGCAGUCAGAGAAAACAGGAAGCCUGGAGGGACUAGAAUACAGUAGAAAAUCUGACUUUCAGUCUUGCAAAGAGAAAUAAAGUAUGAAAGUUACAUAAAAAUAGUCAGUUUAUAUACAGGCCUGGCCAUAGGAAAUAACAGAAAAUAGAGUGGAAAUCUCUGUUGCUGUCUCAGUAGAAGACAAACAUGUGCUGACCUACUACGUGCAUCAUAGUAACUGACAGAACUGCUUCAAUGGUACAACCAAAAAAAUUGCUUCUUAGAAAGAACAAAACUCUACCAAGACCAAUUUGCCCCUGUUCCUGCCAUGUGGUCAGUUGCAGACACAGAAAUGCACCAUGGCAGGAUCCCAGCUUCCUAGAGGAGAACUGCCUAGUCUUUCUCCUUGCAGCAAACUCUAUAACCAGGGGAAUGGUGUCUGAGUUCAAAAAGCCAGAUUUUAUAAGAAUCAAAAUGCUAACAACGAACCUUCAAAUAAAUUUGGGCAGGAAACAGACUCUCUCAUACUCUCAGCUGCUCAGCCCACAUUGCAGUCUUUAAACUUCUACCUAAGGGGGCUCAGAUGCUCCCUGUCUAGGCACUCUGCAGAAGUCACCACUGAUGUAGAGUGCAACAGUGUUAGCAAUGCAGACUGCUGGUCAAUCACAACUUCCCAUAGGAACAGGGUCAGGCAUAUAAAAUGAUAAAAACCAAAAAACUCCAUAUACUAUUGGCUCAGAUACAUCACACAGCUUAGAACCCAAAUUUUAGUCUCUAAUUCUGGAGACUCAUUUACAGCUUUAGGACAAAGCUCACUCUACAGAGAUUCUUUCAGUCAGAAAAGACACCUAAAACACUCAAGGCAGGGAUGCAAAUUUCAAUACCUAGAACAAGAGCACGUGAUAUGGUCAGUUGUACAAACACUCCCUCCUUCUCUGCCUGUCUGUAAAACAGAGUCAGAUAAGCUGUCAACACUCAGUCAGCCACUGAAAGUGAACAGCAGUGCUAAUUUGAUGAGAACGUGUGUGUCAUUCAGAGUUUGACCCACUCUAUCUGCCACAUAAAUUAGGGCAAAAAAUGGGUUUAUCCCAUUUACUUCCACCACCAUGCACAAAAAUAUGUCCUGGAAAAAAGGGGGAGGAUGACCAUAAGCAACUGAACAGUGCAUUGUAUCUUCGGAUGCUCUAAACCAGGCAAGGCUUGUUUUCCUUUCCUUCACAGGUGCAGAUGUUGUCCCUGUCAGCAACUCUUGAUGCCAAACUGACAAGAAUCUGGAGAACUUGCAGAACUGCUACUCUGGAGAAACAGCAGCUUCAGCAGGAAAUCCCUCCAUCUCCCACCAGUGCUGCUCUUGGCUCCUGGACUGCAAAUGAUCUGCAUCAUGGAAAAGCAAGUGCUUGAAUCCACAGAGGAGCGGACGUUUCAGUACCAAGAUUCUCUGCCAUCCUUGCCAGUACCUCCUCUUGAUGAAUCUUUAAGUAAAUACCUCGAUGCAGUGAAACCAUUUCUAAAUCAAGAGGAAUAUCAAAGAACUGAGGAUAUAGUUAAAAAAUUUGAAAAUGGCAUUGGGAAAGAGUUGCAUCAGAAAUUACUGGAAAGAGCUAAAAUGAGAAGGAAUUGGCUGGAGGACUGGUGGCUGAAUGUGGCUUAUCUUGAUCUUCGCAUCUCAACACAAAUACACUGUAAUAUGGGAGGCCCUGGUCCCUAUAUUGAACACUGCUGGCCACCAAAAGAGGGCACUCAGAUAGAAAGAGCAUGUAUAAAUAUAUGGCACACCCUGAAAUACUGGGAUCUGUUACGAGCAGAGAAGGUGACCAUAGAGAGAUCUGGGAAUACUGUUCUGGACAUGAACCAAUUUCGAAUGCUCUUCUGCACUUGCAAAAUUCCUGGAGUUACCAGAGACUCGAUCGGCACUUAUUUUAAAACUGAGGCUGAAGGUGAAUGCCCAUCUCACUUAAUAGUUCUGUGUCGAGGUCGAGUGUUUGCAUUUGAUGCUAUGCAUGAAGGCAGUAUGGUGACUCCUCCAGAGAUAUUCAGGCAACUUACAUAUAUUCAGAAAAGAUGCCAUAGUGAGCCAGAUGGACCAGGACUGGCAGCCUUAACAAGCAAUGAAAGGACAAAAUGGGCAGAGUUACGGGAAUAUUUGAUUGAUCUUGAUCCAAAGAACUUAACUCUUCUGGAAAAAAUUCAGAGAAGUUUGUUUGUGGUCUGCCUUGAUGAUUCUAGUCCCCAUGCAACUCCUGAGGACUAUACUGAGCUUACAAGGCUGGGACUAACAGGUGAUCCGACUGUACGCUGGGGAGAUAAAUCCUACAAUAGCAUAUUCUUUUCCAAUGGAACCUGCAGCGCGUUCUGUGAUCAUUCUCCUUUUGAUGCCAUGGCUUUAAUUACCGUGUUAUCUUAUGCCGAAAAGAAGAUUAUUGAAAAUGAGGGAAAAUGGAAGGGAUCAGAUAAUGUGAGGGAUAUUCCAUGGCCAGAGGAACUUGUAUUCACAGUGGAUCCAAAAAUUAUAAAUGAAAUUGGACGUACUAAAGAACUGUACUACAAGCAGGUAUCUGACUUGCAGCUGGUGUCUUAUGCUUUCACAUCCUUUGGCAAAGCAUUGCUUAGGAAGAAGAAACUUCAUCCUGAUACAUUUGUGCAGCUUGCCCUUCAGCUUGCUUAUUACAAAUGCCACAGACGUCCGGGCUGCUGUUACGAAACUGCCAUGACCAGGCGUUUCUAUCAUGGCCGCACAGAGACCAUAAGACCAUGUACUAUGGAAGCAGUGGAAUGGUGCAAGUCCAUGCUGGAUCCUUCUGACAGUACUUAUCAACGACUACAACUGAUGCAUAAGGCAUUUGCAAAGCACAAUAAAAUGAGGAAAGAAUGUGAGAAUGGAAGAGGCUUUGAUCGUCAUCUUCUGGGUCUCCUGCUCAUAGCACAGGAGCAAGGACUGCCAGUGCCAGAACUGUAUGGGGAUAAGGCCUUCACAGCUAGUGGAGGAGGUGGGAAUUUUGUCCUUUCAACUAGUCUGACUGGCUACACUAGGUUUAGUGGAUCUGCACUCCCUAUGGUACAACAUGGCUAUGGCUUUUUUUAUUCAAUCAGAGAUGACAGGAUCGUUGCAACCUGUUCUUCUUGGAAAUCAUGUCCAGAGACUGAUGCAGAAGUGCUGUGUAGAACUGUGUUCCAGUGUUUUCAUGACAUGCUACAGUUAACAGUUACAGCUCAACUGUAAGCUUGAUAAUGAUGUAAAAGGCUUUGCAAGGUCACGAGUUAUAGGUAGUAAUUAAAAAUGAAAUGCUACUCAAGAGUACUGUUACAUUCAAGACAUUUAAUGAUUUAUGUGAAGUCUACCUACUUUUAUGUGAUUUACUGUGGUAACAGUACUCCUUGAAGAGUAAUGUAGCCAUUUGCAGCAGCAAUGCAAGCAGUAGUACCUUAUCUGUGUAGAACUAUGCAAUAUUAAAAUAUGCCUCAACAAUGCAAAUGUACUUCGAGACAAGAUGUUGGAGUGGAGAACUGAUGGGAGACUUGUACUUAUGAUCUCAGUAGUAGCAUGUAGAAAUGUAGAAUAGUUUGUAGUCUACUGAUAUUGUUUAUGCCAGUGGAGCACUUCACUGUGUAUUUAAGAGUAACCACACUACCCUCUUAGGUGAUUAUGCUUCCUGUUCACAGUGGUUUGUGAAACAGAAGGGCUGCCUCUAUUAGGUUAUAUGGUAUAAGUUAUCUUUCAUUUUUGCUGUCAGGAUUAUACCAAAUAAAUCUUGUAUCCAUUAAUGGGGAUGUUCCCACUACAUUUGUAGUAUGAGAACACUACAAUCUGAAGUAUUUUGAAAAAGAAUUACUCAAUAAAGACAGAAAGCAGCAUGAGUUUCAAAUUUCUCAGUUUUCAUCUUCUAGUGAACUGUGAAUAUCUGCUGCUUUACACUAAUAGUACACAAUAAAAUUAAGCACUGAAUUGUUUGAUAUGGUACUCAGGAUUUUAAUACUUGAUUCCUCUGAGCAGCUUUGUAUUUUCCUAUCAUAGAAAUAAAAUUCUUCUAAAAAUCAA